UGAUCUUUUCCGCAUGUACACAAACCGAUAUCCAAGCAAAUUUCGCAAAUCAUGACUUUUUUCAGUAAAGACAAUGUAAAGCAUUUUGAAGUUCCCGGUGAUGAUGGCAAAAUAAAUACCUUGCCACUUCUAGAAGCAGCACGCGGGGUGGUGGAAAUGGUCUCUGCUUUUGGGAAAGCAUUUACACCUGUUAAGAGUGAUAUCAAUGGAAACAUUGAGAAACUGCAGAAAAAGUAUGAGAUGGACAAGGAGAAGUUUAUCACCAUAAAUGCCAUGUUAGAUGAUGAAAUGGAAAACAAAAAUACAGAUUUAGCUAAAGUGGGAGGACUUUGGCUAGUGAGAGGUUUAAAUUUUUUGCGGACAUUCAUGCAGUUAUUAAUAAAGGAAUACAAAGGAGGGAGCAAAGAGGAGAGUAUGAAACAAAUCAUCACUGCUGCUUAUGAAGCCACUCUGAAAAAAUACCAUGGAUUUAUCGUCAAAAAAGUGUUCUCUGGAGUUUCUAGUUUUGCACCAUACAGGAAGGAUUUCUUAUUGAAGAUGGCAUUAGGAAAAGAAGGAAUGGAGGAACAAGUAGUAAAUGAUAUGGAGGUGUAUUUAGAAACAAUGUCACCCUUACUUGAUGUCAUGGGGCAGCUCUAUAAAGACAAAGGACUAGACACAGAUGACAAAGUGUAAACGAAGGCCCUUGUCCCAUUUUUACUGGCUCAGUGGAGAGCUAUGUCUUUAGAGUUGUGUGAUAUGCAUAUAUUUUUUUUAUGAGUCUCUACCUAAUAUAUAUAUAACUAUGCACUAAAAAUCUCUAACCAAAAGCUUACAAGAAAUUAUCUGACUUUUUAGAAAUAAUCAAGAUGUUAUAAAGUUACAGUAGACAUAUUUAUUAAAUAAAAAUCAUGGAGUUAAUGUUUUAAUUAUAUUUAAAGCAUUUUUGUUGCUGACAUUGAAUGUAUAUUUUUUCUAUUGUCAUUAUACUGUUUUAGAUUUGUACCAUUGAUGGACAUUUUUGACAAAUUUAUAUGACUUUU